UUCCACAUCACGCACGGAACGCUAAGGUUAUUUAAACUAGCGGGACGAGCGAAACGUACUUCCGACCCAACGCCGACGCUAGUUCCACCUUCCACAACAUCGACAUCGGCGUCAAUGAGUGCGCCAUCCGAUCCAGCGGCUCCACAAAUUCUCGUUCUACGCGAGCGUCGACACUCGGCUCCCAUUCUCUCUCGCAUGCGUUCGCGAACGCGGUCGAGACUCGCAAUGAAUGGGGAUGCCGCGCAGGAGAAUACGAAUACUCAGAGGGAGCCAAGCAUGGACUGGACGCUUUCGCUCCCAUUAUCGACCGAUGUUCCAGGAAACAGGAUCUCACCGUUUGCCAAAGGUGCUGUCAAUGCUGCAGAAGCCCAAGGAAGCGAGGAGAGUGAGGUGGAAGAAGAGGAGAAGGAGGAUUGGACGCUUUGUAUGCCUUUGAGGGCGCGAAUCGAGGUGGCUAUAGCGCUGCCUGGUAUUAGGAGUGGUCGUGGAGUUAGCGGCGUUCUAGGGGACGACGCAGAGGACGGAGUCAACCUAGUUGAUUCCGAGGUUGACUCCAAAAGUGACCCGGGUCUCGAACAAAAGCCUGAUGACGAACACCCGAACGAAGCCUCACAUGGGCUUGAGCCCUGCAUCGAGCGUGAAGAAGGCGCAUAUCUAUCGGACAAGUGCAUUGAUAUACGGGAACAGUUACCUACACCGAGCCCGUCGCCAACUCCGUCGUCACCUCUGCUUCUCCCGGGUCCCUACGUGCGUGUCCAUGGUCAAGGGACAGAACUGGAACACGGAAUCCGUGCAAGGACAAUGCACGACAGCGAUGGUGGACUGGACAUCGACAGCGGGAGAGGCAAGCGUGGUUCGGGGUGGAACGCGUUGGGAUGGUUCGGAGAUGCAAUCCCUGAAUCCGUAGAAGAGAUGGAGGACGAAGUCGGAUUAUCUCCAAACAAUUUCGACUCCAUGACGAGGAGACGAAGGAACAAUUACCACUGCGAGCCACAACAAUCUACCCCGCGACAUCUGAGCACGGACAGUACAGCGACGGUCGCAACCACAACGACCGAGACUACAAUCUACUACAGUGCACGGUCAAGUUGGUUCGUAGCACAGUAAUGCUUUUUUAUGUCCCCUGCAUGCUCAUUUUUGGUAUUCUUUCAAGCUACUCUCGCCAUUCCCCCCUCAACACGGAUUUUUUGCGCCUCAUCUGAA